ACAUUGCUGUACGAGAAGGCAAUUAAAGCGAUGGCCAAACAACGGGUAACCCUCGAAGUGCUCUCAUAUCACGCCUCAGCUCAAGAAGAAGAAGCCCUCAAAGUCUCCCGAAUGGUUAUCCCGUCGACAACUGCUCUCCACUUAACGAAUCUUCGUUUCAAUGACUUUAGUCUCGAGGAAGAUAUGAUGAUUAAGGCCUGCAUUCGUAUGUUUCUCGAUCUCGACUUAAUUGAAAGGUUUCAAAUUGAUUAUAAGGUUCUCUGCAAAUGGAUACUUAGCGUCAAAAAGAACUACCGGCCCGUUCUGUACCACAAUUGGAGGCAUGCCUUCAAUGUCGCGCAAAUGAUGUUCGCUAUACUUGUGAACACACAAUAUUGCCGAGUUUUGGGUGAAUUGGAAACCCUGGCGCUUAUAGUAGCCUGUCUAUGCCACGACCUGGAUCACAGGGGCACCAAUAACUCAUUUCAAAUUAAGUCAUGCAGUCCAUUGAGUUGCCUCUACUCGACCAGUACUCUAGAGCACCACCACUUCGAUCAAUCCCUGAUGAUUCUUAGCAGUCAAGGUAACCAAAUAUUAAGUCAUCUCUCGCCUGACGAGUACCGAAGGGUUGUUCACGUGUUAGAGGAAGCAAUACUGGCCACCGAUUUGGCCGUUUAUUUCCGCAAACGGGGAAACUUUUUCCGAUUAGUCGAGUCUGAAGAGCACGACUGGACGGGUAAUGAAGAGCACCGGUCGCUAUUGCGAUGUCUACUCAUGACGUGCUGUGAUAUCGGAGCAAUAACUAAGCCC